CAAAACCCAUCUGACCAAAUAGUUGGUUUUACCUAAGAGGGCACAAAUUGACAGUUUAGUUUGGAUUGCAAGAGAGAUUGAGCAAUUGGGUUUGGUGGUUAACAAAAAAGCAUCGAUUUUUAAUACAUCUUUUGCUUUUCCUAAGUUUCCCUUUAUAAAUUCAUCUUUUUUUGUGAACACUCUUUCCUCUCCCACUCUUUCUUCCUCAAUUUAUUUUCCUUUUUGUAGAAGUUUGAUUUUGCAGGUCGCUGCAAUGGAGAAAUCCUCCUCUUCGCGCAAGAGGAAACUUUCUAAGAAAGUAUCAAAGGCCAAGGUAAGCAGUAGAAUUAAGAAGAGUAGGAAAAAUAAAUCCAAGAGGGUUCACCGUCGUGAGGUUUCUCUUUCGAGUUAUGACUCUGAUGAUUCAAGAAGUUUGGACACAUCAGCAUCCUCUAGUUCUGAAGAUAGUUACAGAAGAAAAAGAGAUAGGUCUCGUACAAGAAAGCAUGUGAAAGGUCGUAAGAGGAAGGCUCAGGAACGAUCUUACUACCGUGAUAGCAGUGAGGACUCUCAUUAUGUUAGGAAGAAAAAAAAGGCAAAGAGGAAACAUGAACGUGAUGAGGUGAGGAAGAAACCUUUCCAGAAGAAAAAUAUUAGGAGAGAAGCAAGUGUAGAUUUGAUGAGUCACACAUCACAAAGUUGCUCCACAUGCCAGGAUGGGAGUGCUAGCAGUGGUGACAAUCGAUAUAAGAACCAGAAGGGAAGAUCGGAAAGGAAAGAGAAAGACAGAAGAUUGAGAAGAAGUGAAAGUGAAAGAAGUAGUAGAUACAGGGCUAGAAGUUCUUCUUCUUGUAGUAGUGAAAAUAGUUAUGAAGCUACUAAGGAGAAACGUGCAGGUGAGAAGAAUUCCAGGCAGCUCCGAUCAGUUAUUACUGUCACAAAAGCAGCGGAAGAAUACGAGGAAUUGUGUAGAAAUGAAACCAGAGAGGAGAGUGCUAACGAUCUUGAUUACCCGUGUGGAAGUGAUGACACUAAUGAUGGGGGCACAAGAAAACAGUUGGAUCUUCAUACGCAUCUUGCUUCAGAAGAGAAAUUAAGUGUUGACAAUGAGGUAGGAGAUACGAAUGUUGAUCUUAACUUUGUAGAGCCCGGAGUUAGAGAUAGGAGCUACAAUGAAAACAGAGCAUAUAGUGCCUUGACAAGUGAAUCUGCUAAGGAAACAAGCCAGACUUUUGAUGCUAAUGUGAAUGAUGAUGACUUGGAGAAAAUUCUAAGAGAAAGAGCGUUGGAAAACUUGAGAAAAUUUCGCAGUGAGAUGCAGUCAAGCGCAAAAGCUCCUGAGCAGACAAAUAAAACUAUUAGCCAGGUGAAACCCCCUAUUGCUGAUAAUCUUGAACUGGUUCAAGGUAAGUCUGUUGUCAAUAAUGCAGUUGUAGGAACAAAACUUGAUAAGCAAACCCCUGGAGAAGAAACUAAUUUGUUUGUUGGGAGGAGAAAUUUAGUUGCUUGCCUAAGAGACAAUGAAGUGAGUUUAGACUCGAAUAAAGAUAUAUCUACUUCUGCAAAGUAUGAUUUAGCCAGUGCACCCGAGAGAGUAAUUGACCACCAUAGUGGAACAAUCACCGAGUCCACUAACUUCAAUGCAACUAAUGUAGAAUUGACCAAACAAACACAAAAUCCAUGUCUUGAUUCAUUUCAAAAACCUGCUUCACAUGAGUCUACCAAUGCAAAGUUACUGGUGACCGAAGGUGAUGUAGUAAGGAAUGCAGCUAAAACUCCUCAAGCUGCAAUCCAAAGUAUUAAUAACAUUAGAGAUGCUGAUGUUUCAUUAGUAGAGAGCAAAGCAAACAAAGUGCAAGCUGAAUCCAACCAGGACUCUCAGUUUGAGAAGAAAACAAUGAAUGUGAUGCGGGAUGGUGAAAUGGUACAGGUUAGCUAUAAGGUUUAUAUUCCUAAGAAAGUCCCUGCUUUGGCUAGAAGACAACUCAAGCGAUGAUCUACUAUUUGUUCUUCUGGUGAAAGAAAGGUUUUCUGAAACUGUGUUUAUCUUAUUUGGCACAUGAAAAAGGUAGAAACAUGUGCUAGAAAGUGUAGAGAUGGAGAUAUUAUCUGUGGAUUCAUCCGUGUAUGAACUCUAAGAAGUACAUCAAUUUCUCUAUUGGCUAUGUUUUUGGUAACAUAGAGUAUUGUAAGGACCAGUACCCAGUCUAUAAGAUUUUAAAUGUUAUUUGUCCAUUGUCUGGAAAACCUAUCACUGAGCUUGCUGGGCCAGUUCGCUGGUAACAUGAAUCAUUCAAAAUGUUUCUUUUACUGUUAGUAAUGUUUUCUUCCGUAUUA